AUGACUAAAUGGAAGAAUGAAGUUGGGCCAAAGAUUGAUAAAAUAUUGAUGGAGCAUGUAGCUAGAAGUGAGUUUCUUAAAGCAGUGAGAUAUGGAGAUCAUAAUGUUAUGGUUAGAGGGUCAAAUGUUGAUGUACGUGUGAAUCUACUACGCAAAGAAUGUACAUGUCUUGAAUGGCAAAUGACUGAAAUUCCAUGUCCACAUGCUUGUGCUGCAAUUAAAUUAUUACAUGGCAACAUCUACACCUAUGUAGAGGAGUGCUAUCUGAAAAGUUCACAAGAAAAGAUUUACGCGAGCAGUAUGAUUCCAAUUGAAACUCAUGACAUGCCUGAUGUCAACAACCUGACCCUAACAGACUGGGAGAAUAAUAUUUUUCUUAUGUCACCUACAACAACUCGUCCUCCGGGAAGACCAUGCAAGAAGCGCCGAGAGUCACAAUUUCAAGAUGUGCAUGUUUACAAAUGUAGCCGAUGUGAUCAGAGUGGUCAUAAUCGUUCUAAACGUAGAAAUCCUAAUCCAGAAAAGAUAUGA